CCCCCAGCUCCAGUCCUGCCUUUAACAAAGACAAACGCCCUGGCACCGAGGCGCUGCGUAUCCUCGUGGGAAGCGCGGGCCCGCCCAUCAGCACCCUUGCGCACACGCACAAGCUCUGCAGCUCGGCUCCCCGCCGCUCAGCAGCGCAUCAUCCGGGUCCUAAGGAGGAACCCCGAGGGGAGUGCAGACUGCUGCCUGCCAGGACGACCCCCGGAGCCCAGCCACCAUGAGUGAGAUUCCUAAGGACUCCUUGAAGGCCGUUCUGUUGGAGUUAGAAUGUCACUUUACAUGGAAUCUGCUUAAGGAAGACAUUGAUCUGUUUGAAGUGGAAGAUACAAUUGGGCAACAGCUUGAAUUUCUUACCACAAAAUCUAGACUCACUCUUUAUAACUUAUUGGCCUAUGUGAAACACCUAAAAGGCCAAAAUAAAGACGCCCUAGAGUGCUUGGAACAAGCAGAAGGAAUCAUCCAGCGGGAACACUCAGACAAAGAAGAGGUACGAAGUCUGGUCACUUGGGGAAAUUACGCCUGGGUGUAUUAUCACAUGGACCAGCUUAAAGAAGCGCAGAAGUAUACAGAGAAGGUAGGGAACGUCUGCAAGAAAAUGUCCAGUCCUUCUAACUACAAACUGGAGUGUCCUGAGAUUGACUGUGAGAGAGGGUGGGCACUCCUGAAAUUUGGAGGGAAGUAUUACCAAAAGGCUAAAGCAGCUUUUGAGAAGGCUCUGGAAGUGGAACCAGACAAUCCAGAAUUUAACAUCGGCUAUGCCAUUACAGUAUAUAGGCUGGAUGAUUCUGACAGAGAAGGGUCUGUAAAGAGCUUUUCCCUGGGCCCUCUGAGGAAGGCUGUUACCUUGAACCCAGAUAACACCUACAUUAAGGUUUUCCUGGCACUGAAGCUUCAAGAUGUACAUGCAGAAGCUGAAGGGGAAAAGUAUAUUGAAGAAAUCCUGGACCAGAUAUCUUCUGAACCUUAUGUCCUCCGUUAUGCAGCCAAAUUCUACAGGAGAAAAAACUCCUGGGACAAAGCUCUGGAACUUUUGAAAAAGGCCUUGGAGGUGACACCAACCUCUUCUUUCCUGCAUCACCAAAUGGGACUUUGCUAUAGGGCACAAAUGAUCCAAAUCAAGAAGGCCACGCGCAACAGACCUAAAGGAAAAGACAAACUGAAAGUCGAUGGGCUGAUCGCUUCUGCUAUUUUUCACUUCAAGGCAGCUGUGGAACGAGACUCUAUGUUUGCGUUUGCCUACACAGACCUGGCCAACAUGUAUGCUGAGGGAGGCCAGGAUAGCGAUGCUGAGGACGUUUUCCAGAAAGCCCUCCGUCUGGAGAACAUAACCGAUGAUCACAAACAUCAGAUCCACUACCACUAUGGCCGUUUCCAGGAGUUUCACCGUAAAUCAGAAAAUACUGCCAUCCACCAUUACUUAGAAGCCUUAAAGGUCAAAGACAGGUCGUCCCUACGUACCAAACUGACGAGUGCUCUGAAGAAACUGGCUACCAAGAGACUUAGUCACAAUGCUUCAGACGUGCAGAGUUUAAGUGCCCUAGGGUUUGUUUACAAGCUGGAGGGAGAAAAGAGGCAAGCUGCUGAGUACUAUGAGAGGGCCCAAAAGGUAGAUCCAGAAAAUGCAGAAUUCCUCUCUGCUCUCUGUGAGCUUCGACUUUCCAUUUAACUACAUACUCUAAGAAAUCAGUGUUAAAGCUCUUCCCUCUAUUUUGGGUUCUUAUAUUUCUGUUUAUUGUUUUAAUCCAUUCAUUAUAGGGUCAAUUUUUAGGGAAUGGUCAUUGUGUACCAGGCAUUAUGUUAACUACUUUAUAUACAUUAUGAUGAAUCAUUGGCUGUUUUCUACUUUCUUAAUUAAAAUACUCUAAUUCUUUAAGGAACAGCAACAUUCCAGCUGUUGUAACUUUUAAAAAUGGCAUAGCCAUUAUGACUGUAUCCCCUUUAUCUCUGCUAUUUAUAAUAAUGUUCUGAUUAAGUUUUGUUAAAUUUCCCAUAUUCAUGCAGUGAGAAUAAUCCUACAUAAAUCUUUGACACCUAGUUCAGGAACACUGUUUCAGGGGUGCCCAUUUAUAUUAAGUUCUUAAUUAUGUAGCAUGUAAAAGAUGGAAUCUUCCCAGCUACAGAUGUUCUGACUUUGAAGAGGAUAUUUAACCAUUAACCUAAAGAAUCCUCUUUGUUGGAAGAAAAAAGUUCAUAAUAAAGUUUGUCAUCUCUGAUGACUGCAAUAAAAGAAAUAACUAGAACAUGAGAAAAAAAGAUUUCCUCAAAUACAGAGCUUUGGGAUCCAUGAAAAAUCAGAAGUAUUAUCUCCCAAAAUGUUAAGUAGCUAGAAACAGAUGUGAGGGGAAAAAUGAAGAAUGGGAAAUCAUUAGUCUCGAGUUUCUCUGGUUCUUUAACUGGAAGAAUAAACUUACACUGAAUCAAGAUGGAGUUUUUUUUUUUCAAAUUAGAAUUGCAGUAUUUUUAGGUUAUAAUCAUUUGAGAUUAAAAAUCAGACCAGUUGAGAAAUUGGAAAGAAAGACAAGCAAAUGCAUAAAAGUCCCUAGUCUAGUGAUUUAGUAUUGGGUCUGGACUGGGUAGAGUUCUUAUACCCCUCAUUUCUGGCCUUUGGUUAACUGUUUUAGAAUUCCAGGUUACUUCUGUGACGCUUUCUCUUUUGUCUGAAGUCUUCAGGUUGACAUAUUUUCCUGUUGAUCCUCCGGGAAUAGGUAAGCCCAGCUUUCAGUUUCAGUAUCUCCCUUCAAGGAUCACUGUUGAAGGGCUUUUAUCCCAAGGGACUUUUUCAGUUGGGAUUUGCUUAAAGUGACUUCUCUGAUGUUGUUUCUUUGAUUAUAUUUACCACCAGUAUUAGUGGAAAAGUGUGCCAUGUUACUUAAUUCUCUAUACCUCCAGUGUAGCUCUUAAAACUAACGUGUGUGUGUGUUUUAAUUUUUGUUGCUAUUUUUAUUUUUUAUUUCUAUUACGGUUUUCAUUAUUAUAAAAGUAGUGAAUUAUCAUUGUAAAAUUUCAAACAAUGCAGAAGUGUAUGAAUUUAAAAAUACGAGCACUCCCUUCACCCUACGCCAAUUCUGCACCCCCAAGGUAAACGUAACAAUUUGAUACAUACUUUCCAGAUAGCUUUUCUAUGCACAAACAUACUUAUAUACUGCAGUGUAGCUCAUGAAUUAAAUUUGUUUAAUGUUUGUUUUAAGUCCCCGUUGUUUUGUUUAUUUUGCUCAUUUGUUCAUUCGAAAAGGAAAACAGGGAAGGGAAUUAUCUUUAAGUAUUUUAGAAAUUCAAGACUAGCAUAUAUUAUUUUGCAGAAGUCGUUUUCCCUCAUUGGGUAUAAUGUUGUAAUCAAGGU